AUCUUCCCCACAAAUCCGCAUCCGAUAUAAACACCGAGAAAGAGAGACAAAAAUUUGAUCAACCCUCGACACAUUGUAAUUUCUUCAGAGAAAAGGUAAUCAAUUCUUGAAAAGAAAGGAUUUAGCGGUUGAUGAGAGAGAAUGGCAUUCUUUUCAAAUAAAAACAAUGUGGAUCUGGAGAAGGGAAACGGGCAGCUGUACCCGGGCAUGCAAGAGAACCCUCAGCUGCGAUGGGGAUUCAUCCGUAAAGUUUAUUCCAUACUCUGCGUGCAGUUGCUCAUCACCUUUGGGAUUGCCAUUGCCAUGACUCUUAUUCAACCUGUUCGUCAUUUCCUCCGCACGCCCGCCGGCCUCUACACCAUGAUCGCCGCCAUCAUUCUUACCGUUAUACUGUGCUUGAUGAUGAGUUGCUUAAGUCAGAAACAUCCAUGGAACUAUAUUCUUUUGUUUCUCUUCACCUUCGCUAUGGCAUUCAUGGUAGGGGCUUGUUCCUCUCAAAGAAAAGGUGACGCGGUGUUGAUGGCUGCCGGUCUGACUCUACUUGUGACUGUUGGCCUCACAGCGUUCACAUUUGCUGCUGCAAAACGAGGCGCAGACUUCAGCUUCAUGGGGCCUUUCUUGUUCUGUGCUAUCUUGCUGCUCAUGGCCUUUGGCAUCAUUAGGAUCAUUUUCCCUCUGGGGAGAAUCGGGGAGCAGGUGAUCGGGUGCGUGGGGGCGCUGGUCUUCUCCGGCUUCAUAAUCUAUGACACGGACAAUCUGAUCAAGCGCUUCAACUACGAUCAGUACAUCGAUGCAGCAUGCUGUCUGUACAUGGACAUAGUGAAUCUGUUCUUGUACAUUCUUGCUAUUUUUGGAGAUGAUUGAAGACCUCAUUUCCAACUAGGAACAAGAUUGUUCUUUUGGGAUCAAGAGAAGUUGUGGAGUCACUGAGGAAACCUAUAUGCUCAAGAUUCCAUCUUUGAUCUGAAGAAAAAUUAAGGGGUUGAGAAAGGGUGUUUCUUUUUUUUAAAAUAUUGUGUUUCAAGAAUGGUUUAUAUGUGUGGAAGGUGUGUUUGCUUUCUCCUACAGCCAGUUAUGUGAAUAUCUGAAUUUGUAGAUUUUCUUAAAUUCAGAAAUUAUUUUGAUAAUUACAAUAUGUUUUUAGUUA